AAGAGAUUGCAUAUGUAUCUAUCUGUGAUUGAUGAGAGGAAUCUUUCUUUGCUUAGGGUCUCAUUUGUUCCAGUCAAGCGCUUGCUUGGCACUUGGCAGACCUCACACUGCACCACAGAGAAAACUGCACACGGUCACAUUGAGAGCAAGCAAAGAGAGGAAAGAGGAGGCCAUGGAGGCUGCGGUGGUGAGCGCAUCGGGCGGCGCCAUGGGCUCCCUGCUUCGAAAGCUUGGUGAGCUGCUCACAGCCGAGUACAAGUUGCUCAAAGAAGCUAAGGGGCAGAUCAUGUUCCUAAAAGCUGAGCUCGAGAGCAUGUAUGUCUUCCUGAAGAAGAUCUCAGAUUCAGAGGAGCCUGACGAGCAAGACAAGUGCUGGGCCAAGGAGGUUCGCGAGCUGUCCUAUGACAUCGAGGACAGCAUCAGCGAGUUCAUGCUCCGCGUGGAACGUGACUCCAGCAAGCCACACGGAUUCAAAGGGUUCAUCACUAGGAGCACCAAGUUGCUGACAACAAUGAACACUAGGCAUGAGAUUGCAAAAGAGUUUGAAGGCCUUAAGAUCCGUGUCAAGGAGGCAAGUGAGCGGCGCAAGAGGUACAAGAUUGACGACACUGUCCCAAAGCAAAACAACACAACCAUCGAUCCUCGCUUGUUGGCGCUCCAUGCGGAGACGACGAGCCUUGUCGGUGUCAAGGGACCAAGAGACCAGCUGAUUCAGUUGAUGGAUGGAGAGGGUGUGCCUGCGCAUCAGCUAAAGGUGCUCUCUAUUGUGGGCUUUGGAGGUCUCGGAAAGACUACGCUUGCAAAUGAGAUUUAUCACAAGCUUGAGGAGAAGUUCCAGUCUCGAGCUUUUGUUUCUGUGUCCCAAAAACCAAACAUUAGGAAGAUUCUGAGAAGAAUAUUAUCUCAAGCUGGAUUUGUAGCUCCUAAGGACACCAACAUUGAAAUGUGGGAGGAGUCUGAAUUGAUCAUUGCACUGAAAAAUUUCCUAUUGGACAAGAGGUACCUCAUUGUAAUCGAUGACAUCUGGGAUGCUUCUGCAUGGGAUAUUAUCAGAUGUGCUCUUCCGGAGAACACGAAUGGUAGCAGAGUAAUAACAACUACCAGAAUUGAGGCUGUGGCUAGAGCUUGCUGUAGUAAUCACAUUGAAUGUGUUUACAAAAUGAAGGCCCUUGGUGACCAAGACUCAAGAAGCUUAUUCCUCAAAAGAAUUUUUGGUUCAGAGGAUAUGUGCCCUUCAUAUUUGAACGAAGUGUCGUCUGAAAUUUUGAAAAAAUGUGGUGGCUUGCCCCUUGCAAUUAUCACAACAUCUAGCCUGUUAGCCAAUCAGCCAAACAAGCUUAAAAAGGAGCAGUGGGAGUAUGUACAGAAGUCUCUAGGCUCCAACUUUGAAGUGAGCCCAAGCUUGGAAGGCAUGAGACAAAUAUUGAAUCUCAGCUACAUAAAUCUUCCUCAUUAUUUGAAGACUUGCAUGCUAUAUCUUGGUAUUUAUCCAGAAGACUACACAAUUGACAAGAAUGAUUUGACUAGGCAAUGGGUUGCUGAAGGAUUUAUAUGUAGAGAUCGUGGGAUAGAUCCAGAGGAUAUUGCAAAGAGCUAUUUUAAUGAGCUUAUCAAUAGAAGUAUGAUUCAGCCUGUAGAUACAGACUAUAAUGGUGAGGUAAUAUCUUGCCGGGUACAUGAUAUGAUGCUCGAUCUUAUAUUACAUAAGUCUAGAGAAGAGAAUUUCAUAACUAUAAUGGAUGAUAUGCAAGACAUGACAGGGCAUCAAAACAAGAUCCGCCGGAUCUCGCUCAACCUGGAUGAUGCAACAAAUGACACUGCUGACACUGCAGCGAGAUCUGUCCAGCUAUCCCAAAUACGUACACUAGCAAGAUUUGGUACCUCCUCGCAGUUGCUCUCUUUUAAACUGUUCAAGCAUCUCCGAGUUCUAGGAGUUGAAAUUUCAGGAUGGCCCAAUUCAGAUCCAUCGCUAGACUUUACUGGGAUACGUCACCUGUUUCAGUUAAGAUUCUUAAAGAUCGUAGCAAACGGUUACCAUGUGGUGUUACCGAGUAAAAUUGGGGAUCUUCAGCAACUGGAAACAUUUGACAUAGGAAAUGAAGUAGAUCCAUUUAGACCAACACGGCUUCCAAAACUACCAUCAGAUAUUUUUAAUUUGAGCCGGUUGUUGCAUCUGGCUGUUCCUGGUUAUGUAAUAUUGCCUGAUAGGAUUGGUAACAUGAAAUCUUUGCGUACUCUAGGCCAGUUUGGUUUGGGCAACUCAUUGGACAGUAUCAAGGGUCUGAGAGAACUGACAAAUCUGACAAAUCUUGAAAUCAGCUGUGGCAACCACUACAGUAAAUCUGGAUAUGAGACUGCUGUGAGAUGUUGGGAAGUUGUGCACGCCCUCGAAAAUCUUUGCAACCUCAGACAUCUACAUAUUUAUAGUCGUAAUGAUCUUGUCAGAAGCUGCUUCGAUGUAUGGCGUUCAGUCCCAGCUUAUUUGUUCCAUCUGCAAAGCUUCCAUGCAAAUUACGUAUCGUGUUUCUCGAGGGUUCCAAAGUGGUUUGGCCAGCUCCAUAGCAUCUAUGACCUGGUUCUCACUGUUCAGGAGGUGUUGGAGGAUGAUGUUGGAAUUCUUUCACAGCUGCCCUCCCUUAUCCACCUAUUUUUGCACAUCCGUAGAGCUCCUGAAGCUAAGAUCAUCAUUCCUGGAGGAAGUGGAUUAUUCCCUGUUCUGAAGCAUUUUAGAAUCAUCUGUGGCAGGAUAUCGUACCUGACCUUUGAGGUAGAGACAAUGCCCAAGCUCGAAAGGCUCGAGCUAUAUUUCAAUGCAGAGGGAUGGGACAGGUACGGAGCUGUGCCUGCUGGCAUCGAGCACCUACCAAGCCUCAAAGAAAUCUCUGUAGAUAUUGGGGGGAUCGGUGCUAACGAAUCCGACCGAAGGGCUGCUGAGUCCGCGCUGAGGGACACGGCUGACAUGCACCCACGACGUCCUGUAGCCAACAUCAAGGUUGACAAUGGUGCAAAGUGGGUAGUUGAUGAGCCUGAGGAGGAGGAGGGGAACGGUGGGAGUAGCAGCAGCAGCACAUGAUCAAGGCCAAGUACAAAGUCAUGCGGUUUGCCUCCUUUUAUGAAUCGCCAGCAGCAUUACAUACUCGUAGCUGGUACCACGACGUUUCAGUUGGAUAUUUCAUUUGACGGCCAUUGCUUGGGCUGUGGUUGUGGGCAGGACCAUAUCAUGUCUCUGCUGAAGAAAUCUUGACGAUACACACAUCUGUCGGCCGCCGACCGGCUCCAGUCUUCUCGUUUCAUGUACUAUUGUCAGCUAGCUGUACUGUUCGUUUGAAAGUUGUCAUUAUUUUUCGAUGCUGCUGGUUCUGAAUCAAUUUUCAGCAUCACAGGCCUGUGGUGUGGAAUUGUUGAGUUAGGAAUAAUGAUGGAUGCUCAAGUGCUUUCUAGCUUUGAUUAGUCGGUUCCAUGCAAGCUACUACCUGAUGAGCCGAGUAACAAAUUGUUUUGUCUCGAA